AUGCAUGAGAGUUCCCCUUCUUCUUCAAGAUCAUACCAGACUCUCAUAACCAUCAUCAUUUUCAGUGAGACUUUGGGACCAGCAAAAAAUGAAUUUGAUAUUGUACUCAUUGUAAGCAGUGGGAGUAGUAUAUGGAGGCUCAGGCUGGGAGAGCUGGCCCAGGUGGCACCAUGGAGGCCUUGCCAAGCCAGGCCAUGCACCCUGCUGCAGCUGGCGCCCAGGCCUAGGAGGGCAGGGCUCUGCAGCCUCCUGGUUGAGGCAUGCCCCUUGGUUCUGGAAACAGGGACUGGAGCUGGGGCUUCCUGGUCUCCAGGACAGUUCAAUUGUCAGUUCCAGGGCUCCGGAGGCCAGAUUCCAAAGGUCAAAAAGCAGAGUAUCUAUCUGAUCAAUUUGAAGAAAACAGCAACUUUGAGUGACAAAAACUCACUAGAUGAAACCACUUACAAAAAACUUGCAGAGGAAACACUGGACUCCUUAGUACAUAUUUUUGAAGAUCUUGGAGACAAGCCUUACAAGGAUUAUGAUGUUUCAUUUGGGAGUGGUGUUUUAACAGUAAAGCUGGGUGGAGACCUGGGAACCUAUGUGAUCAACAAACAGACCCCCAAUAGGCAAAUCUGGUUGUCUUCUCCAUCCAGUGGUCACAAACGCUAUGACUGGACAGGGAUUUUUUUGUCAAUGGUCUUUUCCAGAACAGACUAG